AUGGAAGUUGAAGUUAAGUACAAAGACAAAGGCAAAGGUGUAAUGUACCCAGAAAGUUCAGGAACAAUAACAGCACUUGUUGUAGAUGACGAGAAGACCGUCAGAAUGAUUCAUCAAAAGUUGUUGAACAGAAUUGGGGUGAAAAAUCACGCAGUGGAAAAUGGCAAAGAAGCUGUGGACAUUCAUAACACUGGUAAAAGGUUUGACCUAAUUCUUAUGGAUUGGGACAUGCCAGUCAUGGAUGGAGUAGAGGCAACGAAGAAACUUCGUUCAAUGGGGAUUCGUAACGUGAUUAUUGGUGUGUCAUCAUGCCCUACAAUGAAAAUACAAGAAUUUAUGGAUGCGGGGCUAGAUGACUUCUACAUGAAACCUUUCAACAUUCGUAUGCUUAAUGAUAUUGUUAAUAAGAUGCAGUCAUGCCGAUCCAACUGGGCAACGGAUGCAAUUCAAGCUAGCAAGUAG